AUGCUGAGGCACCUGCUGGUGCCUUCAAUACGACGGGCACCUAUAUCAGCUGCAAGAAUCGUCACAUUCAGGCCAUCAACAUUCCUCAAGCCAUCCGCCAUAACAUCCACCACUACCACACGCUCUUUCACCUCGACACCAGUCCAGAACGCAACGCUUAAUCAGGUUCUGAAGGGCUGCCGUAAACCUCGACGCGCCCGCCACGCCGUUUCCCCUGCCCUAGCCGGCGGCGCCGAUCCCCAGCGCAAAGGCGUCUGCAUCAAGGUCGGCAUCACCCGGCCCAAGAAGCCCAACUCGGGUGAGCGCAAGACGGCGCGUGUGCGCCUGACCACCGGCAAGACUAUCACCGCCUACAUCCCUGGCGAGGGCCACAACAUCCAACAGCACAGCGUGGUGCUCGUGAGAGGCGGGAGGGCGCAGGAUUGCCCUGGUGUGCGGUACAAGCUUGUCAGGGGCGCCUUGGAUCUGGGCGGCGUGUCGAACCGGACCAACGCAAGGAGCAAGUACGGGACUAAGAAGCCCAAGAAGGCCUCUGUGGGCUGA